AUGUCACCAGAAUCGAUGUCUCCAGAGUCACCAUUGUCUCCAGAACCACCAUUAUCUCCAAGAUCAUUCGUUGAUGAAGGCCGUUGGGUAUCGCCGAAGUUUGUUGAACAAUGGGUCAAAAAGAAUCCUCGUGUCUCGUUGUCUGAUCGCGUUGAACAAGUAGUACAGGGCAUUUUGAUCGAAGGCGAAAAAGCAAACAGUUUCCCGUAUGCGAACGUUUUCAAACGAAAUCAAUAUAAAGGUCUGGUUUAUCGAGGUGUCUUGCUCGAUCCCCAUCAAAUUGAAUCAUACAAGAACGCUGUUGGAAAAGGUUCGAAAGAAUGGUUGAAUUUUUCGUCAGCCAGCAAAAAUCGUGCACUAGCAGAAAUCUAUGGGAAUACAUUGUUUGUAAUUAAUAUCCCAUCAAAAUCUCAGCCUAUCGAUAUAUCAUCAGUAUCAAAUUUUCCAGAAGAAGAAGAAGUGCUUUUGCCGGCAUCAACAAGUUUUCAGAUUGAAAAAGUUGAAUAUGACGAAAAUGCAAAAAAACACUACAUUUACUUACGUGUUCUUUGGUGA